AUGAAAUACUCUUUAAUCUUGGCGCUUUGGAGCGUGGGGGCUCUUGGAGGCCCCUGCAAUCCAACUGAGACUCCAGGAUCCGUCCAUACUUCAGGAGGACUCGAGGGAUGUAAUGAUGAGCUUUCAGAAAACUCUUCUACAUCCCUUGUCGUGAGUCUUCCCGGCCAGGAUGUUGUGGUUGAGACUUCAGUCACAACAGAGUCCCCUGACGAUGAAAAUGGCCAGGCCACGGUCUCUGUUCGUCCCACUGAGACUACCCAGGCUUUCAAUGGUCAGGAAACUGUACUUGUUUCACCUGGUGAUACCGAGCCGACAGCGGAUGACUCUGCUCCUACAACUACAGCCGUUCCCUCUAUUAUUGGACAAACCUCUGGUGAUGCCACCUCAGCAGUAGCAACCGAUGCCGGAAGCGUUGAUACUGAAACUGCCCCCAUCCCGAUUGACUCUAAAGGUCCCCCCACCAGUACUGUUCCGAAUCCGGACCCAGCGACUGACUCGCAACCCGCGGAACAACCAGUCACCGACAAGACCACAGCCUUGGGCUCUGACAGCACUUCAGCUGUAGGCACUCCAUCAGAGGGCACUCAGACAGAGGAAGACAAUGGAGCUCAUACAACUACCCAUGGCGAAGAUGCUACCUCUAAGCCUACUACCAAUUACCCGGAUACAUCGUCUGCCCAGGUCUCGCCAGGCAAUGAUCAAUCCUCUAACGUCAAUACAGUCACUACAGCCAGUGCCACCGCUACACAAACCAGAAGUGACGAUACCCCUACUACAAGCAACGCAGGUGAUGAUGGUCCAACUACCAAAGCACAGAGUGACGAUAUCCCACUUAUUACACAAAGCCCGGGAACCACCGCCAAUGAUGCCAAACCUGCUCCUACCAUAACAGACGCUCCUGAUGGACUGGCCCCAACGACUGUCGGAGGUCAUCCCGAGUGGGUAUCCAACACUUGGAUCACAACCACCGGUGACAAUUCCGAGACUACUGUUGUCCCAGUCCUUGUUGGUUGCCCUGGGUGCGGCGGGAAGGGCUCAGGCAUUGUCUUAUUCGGGUUCCCUAAGACAACGGGUACUUGGUUUAAGCUGCCUGGCCUUCCUAAGUUCAAGUUCCCUUGCAUACCCCCCUUCUGCACUACUAGCCCCGAUACGCCCAGAGAAGGCGAUGACGGCGAUGAUGAUGAUGACGAUGACAAGUCUUCCGCUACAACAUGUACUGAUAAGGCAACUGUUACCGACUGCUUCGUUGCUUGUACAACCUAUACUGGGCCAGCUGGCAGUACCAUCACGGCAGAGUGCAAAACAACCUGCACCAAGACACACACAGGAUGUGAUGUGGUGGGAACUACCACUACCUCAUCUGCUGCAGCAUGUGGACCUUCAGGAGACAGCGCAUGCCAGUCCUGUGAGCGAAAGCUGGUGUCUGAGGUACAGCCCGAGGAGUCUGAAGAAGGUACCGAGGAGGACUCAGAUGAGAACGACCUUGAGAAAAGAGCCCCGAAGAAGAAGAAGAAGCCCUUCGUCAAUGUUGGAGGUUGUGGGAAAUUGGCCAAGAAUCCCAAGUUCCCCGAAUAUCUCGGUGGGCCAACGAUAUUGAACUUAGAUGAGAAUAUCAUCCCCAACGACUCCCCAUUGAAAGACAUCAAGAGAUGGUGGCUCACCACUAUAGACGAAAAUUGCAGCCCAGGAAUAAAUGGAAAUCUUCCCGCGACCAAAUUCAGUUCGCGUCUGAAUGGCGGCACCGCUUCGAUCGACCAUGUCUACGAGAAGAGUAUGCUCUUGGACUAUUUCAAGCAUAUCAUUGACACCACCGGCCCUGAUGUCAAGGGAGCGACUGAUAGUUCUCCUCGAGAUAAGAUCAGCUGCAAUGACAUAAAGGCUUAUGGUGGCGCGAAUGCCGACAGCAACGAUAACCUUUUACAGAAAGUAUUCGAUGCUUACCCUGGAGUGAAGAAGAGCUCGGACAAUAACAACCCUACUGCCGUCGAGAGCCCCCAGUAUCUUGAUGACUUUAUAGGGAUGGACCAGUGGACUAAUGGCGACGCGAAGGGAUUUGUGGCCAAUGCCGAGGAUGUACUGGCUCAGUGCGACAAAUUGGUCGAAUCCGUAAUCGAUGUCAAAGUUGACACAUCUCAAAGCGAUGCUGAAACCCGGAUUGAGAGGAAACUCGGCAGACUCGAGAAGAUAGCUAUCGGUAUCGCGAUGUUCAGUGUCUCCGAAGCAAAGGAGGCUAUGAUAAGACAAAACCACCGAAUUCACGCCAGACUUAUAGAUAUCGAUAACAACGCUAAGGGCUGUAUGGAUGACCCUGCAGUAAAGAACGGUAUCUGGUCAUUUGCCAAGGCGUACAAAACCUUCAUGGCUAGUAGAUUCGACGGUACAGAGACCUGGUCUAUCAACAACGCUGCCGAUUACGGGAAGACUAAGCUCAUUGAGAAAUUGACGUCCGACUUGGCCGCGGCUUCCAGUGUAGCUGGGGCGGACAGCCCGCAAUGGCAAGCCAAGAUUGGGCAGUGGAAGGCUAUGUUCAAGAAGAUGACUGAUUCCACCGUGUGGGCAGUUCCGGUACCUGACUGGACUUGGGAGACAACAGUUGCCAAGCGAGAUGGCGAUGGACUCUCCUGCAAGCGCCCUAUCCCAACCUUUACUUCUUCUGAGGAGCCUACUACUUUAGGGGAGCCAACUACCUUUGCCACUUCUGUUAGAACGACUUCAGAGGGUCCAAACACCGAGGAGCCGUCUUCAGAAGAACCAAGUUCAAGUCAGACGACAACUUCGUCAUCUGUCAAGCCAGGCCCAACGAUCGGCCAACGUCCCGGCUGGUUGACAGAUGCUCCCACUCUGACCGACCGCAUCUCCCCUACCAUCUCGACCCCUGAGGGUUCCUCUUGCACCAAGACAGUCACUGAGACUAUGUGUAACCUGGGAACAGGCAGACACGGCCCAGCCUGUGUAACUCAUUCUCGGUGCGACUCGUGGGUCAACACCAAGACCACCAGCAAACCAAGCCCCAGCCCUACCUUGGCCAGUCCCAAGUUCUCCGAGAAUAUUCUCCGCUGUAACAAGAGUGGCCAGGCUUCAAACCCCAACGCCAUCUCUUACGCUGCUCAAUCCUUCUGUCGCGACAUAGUUGCAAAAAAUAAGAAUAACGGCUACUAUUGGUCUAAUGAUAGGCUUGAGGGGAAGAAGGUGCCGUCGACUGGGUAUCACUUCCAGCUUGAUUUCUCAGUCAGGAAGAACUGUCUUUGGAAAGCUAAUUACGAUGAGUGUAUGAAGUACAUGAACGUUGCUAUCGAUGGUUGCAAUGGCCGUAGCAAGUCGGACAAACUGGGUGGAUGGGUUCGGGAUAACUGCAUUGAGGCUAUUAUCAACCCCAAGCCUGGCAUUUAG